AAACCACACACUCCAUCCUCUCUCUACAUAAACCCCCCCAAAACAACAUUAAACCAUAACAACGUUAACACACACAACCAUAAACUCAUCACUCAAAUUUUCUCUCUUCUCUUCUAUUCUCUUCUCACAUGUCCAUCACAAACCAAUCCCAAGCUGAAGCUUCAGCUUCUCCCACCUCAACAACAAAACCCACCUCCAAGAACCGUGAUUCAACAUUCCACGGCGUGCGAAAGCGAACAUGGGGACGCUACGUUUCAGAAAUAAGACUACCGGGACAGAAAACUCGAAUAUGGCUUGGUUCAUUUCAGACAGCUGAAAUGGCGGCGCGUGCUUAUGACUCCGCGGCUUUCUUCUUAAAAGGUAGCUCGGCUAGCCUUAAUUUCCCCGAAGAGGUUGCGUUUUUACCUCGUCCUGGUUCUUCUUCAAGGAAAGACAUUCAAUCGGCGGCGGCUAAAGCGGCUCAUCAACGAAGCCGCCACCAUCAACAACAAUCUUCUUCUUCCAUCGAAACCAAAAAUAAAAAUGAAAAUGAAAAUAUUAUUAUUAUUAAUAAUGAAAAUAAUAAUAUUAAUAAUAGUAAUAAUAAUAAUAAUGGCAUUGAUGAUUUUUCUAUUGAGACGAUGGAGUUGUGGAAUCAAGAAGAAUGUUCUUCGACGACGUCGUUUUGGGAUAUGAAAGAUGCUCCUCUAAUGAGUCCAACAAGGGUGGGGUCCAUUUAUGGAGAUAUGCUGACAUGGAACGAAGUGUUUGAUUUCAAUGAUGACAUUCUUCUAGCCAUGGCGCAUCCAUAACAACUCUUUAAUAUUUAUAGUUUCUUUCUUUCUUUUUCUUGUUUUUAUCUUGCAAUUAGUUGUAAACAAAAUGUAUACUUAAAAUGAACACAUCAAUGUUGUUGUUUAUUUAGAUUUUUGUACCUACCUAUUGUUCUUAGUUGCAAUAGUACAACAGUGUUUUAGAA